GAGAAGUCGCCUUAUUCGAAGCUCAGGCUGCAAGAUGUGGCACACCUUGCUGCUGCUGGCCGCGCUGCUGCUGGCGGGUCUCCGCAGGGUUUACUUGGGUCUCUUCAGUAGAAACUCCCCGAACCCCUUCGCUGAGGACGUCAAGCGGCCAUCUGAACCCCUGGUGACCGACAAGGAGGCUAGGAAGAAGGUUCUUAAACAAGCAUUCUCAGCCAGCCGAGUACCAGAGAAGCUGGAUGCCGUGGUGAUUGGCAGUGGCAUUGGGGGUCUGGCCUCAGCUGCGAUUCUGGCUAAAGCUGGCAAAAGAAGGAGUCAGCCUACAGGGCUCCAGAGACUCACCCUACCCUUUCUUCCCCAGGUGGUGGCCCGUGGAGCCUCUCAUGCCAUCCUACUGAAGUUUCUCCCAUUGCCCUUGACUCAGCUCCUCAACAAGUUCGGGCUGCUGACUCGUUUCUCUCCCUUCUGCCGAGCAUCUACCCAGAGCCUGGCCGAGGUCCUACAGCAGCUCGGGGCUUCCCCUGAGCUCCAGGCCGUUCUCAGCUACAUCUUCCCCACUUACGGAGUAACCCCCAGCCACACCACCUUUUCAAUGCAUGCUCUGACAAUUGACCACUACAUACAAGGAGCGUAUUACCCUCGAGGAGGAUCCAGUGAGAUUGCCUUCCAUACCAUCCCAUUGAUUCAGCGUGCCGGGGGCGCUGUCCUCACCAGGGCCACCGUGAAGGGUGUGCUGCUGGACUCUGCUGGGAGAGCCUGUGGUGUCAGUGUCAAGAAGGGACACGAGCUGGUGAACAUCUAUUGCCCCAUCGUCAUCUCCAAUGCAGGAGUGUUCAACACCUACCAGCACUUAGUGCCAGGGAGUGUCCGCGGUCUGCCAGAUGUGAAGAAGCAGCUGGCGAUGAUAAGGCCUGGCAUGAGCAUGCUCUCAGUUUUCAUCUGCCUGAGAGGAACCAAGCAGGACCUGAAGCUUCAGUCCACCAACUACUAUGUUUAUUUUGACACGGACAUGGAUAAAGCGAUGGAACGCUACAUCUCUAUGCCCAAGGAAAAGGCUCCAGAACACAUUCCCCUUCUUUUCAUUGCCUUCCCAUCAACCAAGGACCCAACCUGGGAGGACCGAUUUCCAGGUCGAUCCACCAUGACUGUGCUGGUACCCACGGCCUUUGAGUGGUUUGAGGAGUGGCAGGAGGAGCCACAGGGCAAGCGGGGUGCUGACUAUGAGACCCUCAAAAACGCCUUUGUGGAAGCCUCUAUGUCCGUAGUCAUGAAACUGUUCCCACAGCUGGAGGGCAAGGUGGACAGUGUGAUUGGGGGAUCCCCACUGACCAACCAGUACUAUCUGGCUGCUCCCCGAGGUGCUCCCUAUGGUGCUGACCAUGACCUGGCUCGUCUGCAUCCUCAUGCUAUGGCUUCCCUAAGAGCCCAAACCCCCAUCCCCAACCUCUACCUGACAGGGCAAGAUAUCUUCACGUGUGGGCUGGUAGGGGCCCUACAAGGGGCCUUGCUGUGCAGCAGUGCCAUCCUGAAGAGGAACUUGUACUCAGAUCUGCAGGCUCUUGGCUCAAAGGUCCAGGCACAACAGAAGAAGAAGAUGAAGUAGCCCAUUGAGAGCUAAGCCAGAGAACGGCACCUCCCCAACUUCUUUCUCAUGGUUCCUUCUGCUGUACUUCCUUGUGCAUAUAUUCAAAAGCUCUUUGCUUCUGAUGCCUGCUGUGAAUCGAGUUCUCCUCUGCACCCUGAAUUUCUACCUAAGGCCUAGUGUGGGCUGCACAGCCUUGCUGUCUCAAGAUGAAGAAUACUCCCAUUCCUUCCCCACACCCAGCACUGAGCAAGGAUCAAACACUCAGAACCCCUCCGAGUGUUGGCUAUUGGAGUAGGUUGGUCCAGGUCUGCCCUGAAGCUUUUUGCUCUCCCCACUCUAGUAUUGUGCUGCUCCCUCUGUCAAAGGGAAGGAUGACCAGCAUGGGUUUGGGGUGGCAACUCUCAAAGUGAGAGCCAAGGGGCUCUCGGCCUUAAGCUUUUUCCUCUGAUAGAAGCAGCCUGAAGGAGCAUUCCAAUCAGAGACAGACCAAGAGAUACCACUGCACCAGCAAAAUGUCCCAUACACCAGC